AUGUAUAGAGUCAAUAAAACCAGCAUGACCAUACCCAUGUCCUUCCCCAGCAUGGGUACAGCCCCUUUCUUUAAGGUGACUGUGUUUGAGCAGGAGCAUUUCCAGGGAAAGAAUAUGGAAUUCACAUCCGAGUGCAGCAACAUCAACGACUGCGGCCUGGACAACAUCCGUUCCAUCCGAGUCGAGAGUGGAGCCUGGGUGGGAUUCGAGCACCACAGCUUCCAGGGCCAGCAGUUUAUCCUGGAGAGAGGCGAGUACCCCAGCUGGGACGCCUUCAGCGGCUCUCUCUCCUAUCACACAGAGCGCCUCAUGUCCCUUCGCCCCAUCUACUGCGCCUCGCACCAGAGCAGCCGCAUGAAGAUCUUUGAGAGGGAGAACUUCCAGGGCCGCAGCACCGAGCUGGGCGACGACUUCCCCUCCCUGCAGGCCAUGGGCUGGCUCAUGCCGGAGGUGGGCUCCAUGCACGUGCAGUGUGGAGCCUUUGUGUGCUAUGAGUACCCGGGCUACAGAGGCCAGCAGUACAUCAUGGAGUGUGAGAAACACAGUGGAGACUACCAGCACUGGAGGAACUGGGGCUCCCACUGCCAGACUCCCAAGAUCCAGUCCAUCAGACGCAUCAGGCACUGA